AUGACGCGCAUGUACGCCAAGAUCGAAAAGGUCGGCGAAGGCACGUACGGUGUCGUGUACAAGGCUCGCGAUGUCGAACGCAAUGAAAUCGUCGCGCUGAAGAAGAUCCGAUUGGAGGCGGAAGACGAGGGCGUACCUUCCACCGCCAUUCGAGAGAUCUCUCUCCUGAAGGAGCUGAAAGAUGAGAACAUAGUCCGACUGCUCGACAUCGUUCACGCCGACCAGAAACUAUACCUUGUGUUCGAGUUUCUAGAUGUCGACCUAAAGCGGUUCAUGGAGGCCGCCAAUUCCGCACACAAGCCCAUUACCCCCGACCUCGUCAAGAAAUUCACCCACCAGCUGAACAUGGGCCUGCUCUAUUGCCAUUCUCAUAGAAUACUUCACCGUGACCUGAAGCCACAAAACCUACUCAUCGACAGUCAGCACAAUCUUAAACUAGCUGAUUUUGGCCUUGCCAGGGCGUUCGGCAUCCCUAUGCGAACAUACACCCACGAGGUAGUCACCUUGUGGUAUCGUGCGCCUGAGGUCCUUCUCGGGUCACGCCACUAUUCAACUGCCAUAGACAUGUGGUCUGUUGGUUGCAUCUUUGCCGAGAUGGCCAUGAGGGGUCAGCCCCUCUUCCCGGGCGACUCCGAGAUCGACCAGAUAUUCAAGAUUUUCCGCAUCCUAGGCACGCCGAACGAAGAGUCCUGGCCCGGCGUCAAGCAAUUGCCCGACUACAAGGCGACGUUCCCCAAGUUCUCUGGCGCCGAUCUCGCUCGGUGCGUACCGGAGCUGGAUGAGGACGGAAUCGACUUCCUGAAGGCCACCUUGACGUACGACACGGCGAAGAGAAUAUCCGCGAAACGCGCGUUAAUUCAUCCCUACCUGGCCUCCUACGUCCCGAAAUAAUGUGUGUCCUCGCGCCUUGUCUCGACCCAGAGUCAGGGCUCGUUGUUGUUGUCUUCGCUGGAUCCGUUCCGAUCUCGUCAUUCGUUCUAUCCCCAUCGCAUCUGGCAUUCUUGCACCUCGUAUCGGCAUACCAUGUUUCCACGUUCUCCCGUCUCGCAGCACCUGUCUUUCCUACACGUACCAUACAGCAGAUUUCGUGCCAUAACCUUGGUGUGUACAUUCAUCCCUCUGAAAAGUUGCGUGCUCUGGACCCUUCAGGUGUGAUUUGAUCACCACACCGAGUGACAAUCACCGCCCUAGACGUCUAUAAUGAUAACACUUCUUUACACUACAGUUACAUAUAUACGAUGAGUCGCAGUUGACAACGUUGAUGGUACAUGCAAGGGAGACAGAUGAUGAAACUACAACAGGUGACUGAUACAGGGGUACACGUAGCGGGUCCAGUAAAUGCUCAUGACAGGGGCGUUAAGCCUCUAUGCGAAGGCCAGAACACCCCAAGCUGCCACCGCACCAACGGCAGCGGUUGCAGCCGUCUUGACCAGGGUGUCGGCGAUCUUCGAGCGCUUUCGAGAGGUUCGACGAACGAGGAGGACAUCAUCCUGCACGAGGUUCGAGACGUCGCCAUCCUCGUCUACGCAGUCAUCGCACAGGUCGCGCCUGCGCUUACGAGAAGGUGUGUUGCUGACGUCCUGUGCCACCGUUCGCUCGAGAAGAGCAGUCAUCUCGGCACGUGUCUGUUGUGCAGCUAGGAGCUCCUGUUGCAUCUGUAAUCGUAUGUUAUCCCGUAACUUGGUCAUCUCUUCUACCAUAUUCUUCAGCGAAGCGAUGGCCACCUUGGCUCCAUCUUCUUGCGCACGUAGGCGGUUAUGGGCUGCGUCCACCUCGCUCGCUGAAGCCAUAUCAGCAGUGAUGUUCGGAGAGGCGAGGCGGUCGAUCUGGGCUUGCAAAAUCUCUAUAUCGCGAUUCUGAUCCUCCAGACGAGCAUCGUCGGUGUUACGAAGGACCGCGAUAUCGUCUUCAAGCGAGCAUAUACGAGUCUCGAGAUCCAGCAGUUGUUCGUUUGAGUUAUCCAGCCGCUCCCCUAGACGGCGUUCAUGGAAUGCGGUGUUGCCCAUAUGCGUCAUGAGACGAACUUUGAGUCUCCGACGCUGGGCUUUCAACUCGGACACGUCAUCGUUGAGCUUCUGGAUGCAGGCCUUCACCGCGGUAACUUCGUCCACCUCCAUGGGCUCCGCAGGUGUGAUGGCUGGGUCUUCCGCGUCGCAGUCCACAUCGAUGAUGACCGGAGUGGGCGGAUGCUCAACGGAGAUAACCUGUACAACCCCAUUACUGCCCUGGUUCGUUGCCUCGUGUUGAGCAGGGAGGGUCUCCUGCGCGGCAGCGACUCCGUCUAGCUCUUCCCCAUAAGUGACGAUGCACUUCGCGGAAGAAAGAAUCACGUCGUGGACAUCAUCAUUAGGCGGAGGAGAACGAGGAGAGGAUGACGACGGAGCAGACGAUGCCAACUCAGGAGUAUCGUGACAUAGCUGAGGAACAGGAGAGGGGAUCCGCAGUACGCAGAGCUUGGAACCUUCGGGGAUAUUAUACAGGCUGUCGUAGGCCGAUUCAGAGUCUGUUCCAUCAUGGAUGGGGACCACAAUCGGGGCUAGAUCCUGUGAAUGUAUGUCAUAUAAGGAAUCAAGUUCAUCAGCUUCGUCAACCCUCCGCCCGUUGUCAUGAGGGAAAGAUAGACGAGCUGUGUCCACGCCGUGAUCAGAGCUCUGUGAUUGAGAUGAGGGCGACAUGUCGAAAGGGCGAAUGAAGCGUGAGCUCAUGUGAUGGGGGAGCAUGUAACGCGCCAGAAGACCAAGACCCUGAAGGCUGGGGAGCGGGCCUCCAGAGUUACUUGACUCGCUGGGAUCGCUUUCAGCGACGUGUUCAGAAGGUCUUGGGGCGGACAUGUGCGCCGGAGGGGGGAUCUCCUCGAUGUCGGAGUCAUGCUCGCUGCAUGAUGAUUCGUCUGACGAGAAGGUAUUCGGGACGUGCAGGCCGUAACGACCCGAUAUCGAGCGUUGCAGAGCGCCUUGAGCGCCGUCGCCUGAUUUGCAAAAAGUUGUCGCGCCUUUCGUCGGAGUAGCGUUCGACCCGGAGAGCGAAGGAUUGACACCAUGGAGUAGGUGGACCCUGACGCUGACGGGGCGGACUAGAUCCGUGUCUCGGCCUACGGUCUUCCCGAAUGUCACGAUGUCAGACUCCGAUAGGGCGGUAUGCACCCCCGGCUUGAGGAUGGUAGCAACGGCGUCUCCCGUCUUCAGGAUAUAAGUAGCAUGGUGCGAGUUCAAGUCCACGAUGGAGACCCCGACUUCGCCGAACACAAACUUGGCAUGCUUGCGGCUGAUCACUGGGCAACGGAAUCGGGCGCUAUCCACGCCGUGAUCACUGUCGGCGUCGGCGGUCGACGACAUCCGUCCUAUAUGCACAGCGUCGACCGUAGACGACUUAUAGAAUGACAUCGAGCGAGGCUGUUCGCCGCACCCCGGAACGUCUAGGACCUCCAACGUUAUACCUGUGAUUGCAUGUACCGGGGAAGCGGUCGGACCCUCCGAGGCGAGGCGAAACCCCAUGAACUGGAUGUCGGUGUCCAUCGUCAAGAUCGAUGGAGG